AUGGCAGAAUUGAUGGCAAAGGCCGAGCAGGGUGGGGAUACUGAAACGAAGAAAGCUUACAAGAUAUCACCAAUGGAAAAUGACUCUGCCUUGAGAGCCUACAAAUACCAUCUCCUCACAGGCGCCUACAUCCUUGUCACAGCUGGCGCCUUGUUUCGGGUCUAUAGACAGCCGUACAAUCGAAACAUGAAGAUCGACCAGAUCGAAACCAUCUUCAAGGCAACAACCCUCGGAGCUGUCAUAGUAGGCAUUGGCCUCAGCGGCAAGAUCAACAAAGCUAGGAGUGCCCAAGGUGAGAUCAAGUGA